AUGAAUGGUGUAGAGUCAUUUGUUGAAAAAUGUCAAGAUUUACUUGAAUUAGAACGUGAAGAAGAAAUAAAACAAUCAACGGAAGCACUGAAAGGUCAAUCAAUAAAAUGUCUUGCCGAACGAGGAUUAUGUCUCACACGACUUCGUUUUCAAUAUACAUAUACAGGUCUAUAUGGACGAACAAUUCUUGUUUUUGAAGGUGAAUCUCUUUCACGUGCUCAAACAUUUGGACCAGGUGAUAUAGCUGCUAUCUAUCAACAAGCACAUUCAAUCGAUGAACAAAUUUCGUUAGCUCAUGGUCUUAUAUUUCGUUUAACAGCGAAUACAAUACAUAUAACUAUUGAGGAUAAUGAUGAUGAGCAAUUUAACUCAUUAGGCGAUACAUGCCUUUUUAUGAUUAUUAAAAUGGCUAACGAUGUCACAUAUCGACGAUUGAAACAUGGUCUCACGCUAAUGGUAAAACAACGUCAAGGAGUAGCUCAUAAUUUACUUGAUAUUGCGUUUGACAAUGGUGAUCCGAGUGCUUUAAAUUUGUCUCACAAUACUGGUCCAUCACAAUGGUUCAAUGAAAGUCUCGAUCAAUCGCAACGAGAAGCUGUUGGUUUUGCAUUAGCUUCCCGUGAUAUAUCUAUCAUUCAUGGACCACCGGGAACUGGUAAAACAACAACAAUUGUUGAAUAUAUAUUACAAGAAGCAUUAAAACGUGAUACAAAAAUUCUGUGCUGUGCAUCAUCAAAUAUAGCCGUUGAUAAUCUUGUUGAACGACUUGGAAGAAAAAAACAAUUAAAACUUAUUCGCCUUGGUCAUCCAGCACGUUUACUUGAAUCUAUACAACGUUUUUCAUUGGAGUCAAUUGUUCUGGAAAAUUAUCAGGAUGUUAAAAAUGCUAUACGUGAUGAUUUAAAUCAAUGUUUUAAUAAAUUAAGAAAAUCGUCCACGGAUCGAAGUGAACGUGAGUGCUUAAAAAGAGAAAUAAAAAGUUUACGAAAAGAUAUUCGAUUGUAUGAAGAAAAAGCCAGUCGAGAAGCAAUGAAAACAGCUAAUGUUAUUCUUUGUACAUUAACAUCAGCAACUGAUGAUGGUCCAUUAAAAUUAUUACCACUGAAUCAUUUUGAUUUAGUUGUUAUUGAUGAAUGCUCUCAAGCUCUUGAAGUAGCAUGUUGGCUAGCUUUACUUCGUGCACCGAAGUGCGUUUUAGCAGGAGAUCAUCUACAACUACCGCCUACAAUUUUAAGUGAAAAAGCUUCAAAAGAUGGUUUAGCAAUUACAUUGAUGCAACGAUUAACUGAACAAUUCGGUGAUAAAAUAACUCGUAUGUUAACAAUUCAAUAUCGAAUGAACGAAGCCAUCAUGAAUUGGUCAUCAAAUGAAUUUUAUCAAGGAAAAUUAAUUGCCGAUAAAUCAGUUAAAUCACAUCUUUUAAAAGAUUUAUCAAAUAUCUCAAAACGUGAUAGUCAAUAUGAAAUGGAUGAUGAAAAUUUAGCUCAAUGCCCAUUAUUUCUCAUUGAUACAACGGGUUACGAUAUGCCAGAAAUAUCUUGUGACGAUGAAAAUUCUCGUGGAAAUGAAGGUGAAGUUGCACUUGUUAAUAUUCAUGUGCAAGAGCUCAUUGAAAAUUACGGCGUAUCAAUUGAUCAAAUUGGUGUCAUAACACCAUAUAAUAUGCAAGUACAAUUAUUGCGCCACAAACUUUUAAGCAAAUAUCCAACAUUAGAAAUAAAAUCUGUUGAUGGUUUUCAAGGACGAGAAAAAGAAGUUAUUAUUAUUUCAAUGGUUAGAUCGAAUCUACGCGGUGAAGUUGGUUUUCUAUCGGAUUCUCGUCGAAUAAAUGUUGCUAUAACACGUGCGCGAAGACAUUUAUGUAUAAUUUGUAACGUACAAACAGUUACUCAUGAUCCAUUUAUAAAAAGAUUGAUUAAUUAUAUGCUUGAAAAUGCGCAAGUUCGCUCUGCAUUUGAACUUAUUGAUGACAACAACUUUUUUCCAGGAACAAUUUCAUCGAAAAAGUCAUCAACAUCUUGUAAAACAAAACAAACAAAACAACAAUCGAAACAACCCAAGCAACAAACAAAUCAACGAUCAGAAGCAACAAAUACACUUGAAAAUGUGCUGACGAAUAUUCUUGAUCAACGUAUUACAGCUUUUCUCAAUGAUCCUCGUGUACAACAAUUACAAUUUGAAGAUGGUCUAUCACCGUUUGGCAGACAUUAUGUGCAUGAAUUGGCUGAAAAACAUAAUUUACAACAUAUCAGUGAAGGUGUCGGUGAUCAAAGGCAUAUAACUAUUAGCAAAAAAACUUCAAUUGCAACCAGCAAAACAAAGAAAAUCAUUGAGAAUCGAACAGAAGAAGAAGAAGAAGAAGAAACAGAUGUGAAUCAACAGUUUCGUUCAUUUUCUUUAUUGGAAGAAGAAAAGAAAGUUUCAAAUCAAAAGAUUGAUAAAAAUAGAAAACUAUCAAAAACAAUUUCUGAUUCAGAUUCAGUCUCACAAGAAAACGAUGAAACAAAAGUUGAAUCACCUAUACUCGAUCCUGUUAAUCUCUGUCGGUAUUGCCAUAAAGAAAUUCCACCACAAAAUAUUCAAUUGCAUGAAAUAUAUUGUCAACGUGUAAAUCCCUUAUCUUCAGUUACUAUUUCAACGAAUGCAACUUCUGGAGCGGAAUCUUCUUCCACAUUAAAUGUUGCUCCAGUACGUCCUAAAAAUGUUAAGAAAAAAGAAAAUAAAUUAGCAUCUAUGAAUGCUGACGCAUCGAUCGAUGAUCUAUUAGAAGUAGCUCGCCAGCAAGAUAAUAUUUGUAAUGCACAGCGAUGCAAAGUUAAAAUAACUUUAUUAGGACAACUUUGUUCAUAUUGUAAUCGCCGCUAUUGUUUUGAACAUUCAAUGCCUGAAGUACAUGGCUGUGGUCAUCAAGCACGAAAAGAUAUCAGACAAACACAUAUUUCAACACAUUCAAAUCUGAAACCUGUGUACGAAAAUUCAUCAAUAAACAAAGAAAAGAGACCAUAUUUAGAAAGAAAACUCCAAGAUAAAAUUAAUUCAAAAGAAGGCCAAAGAAAGAAAAAAUAA